CGUCAAAGCGCGAUGAGCGAAAAAUUCAGGAACUCCCAUCCCGUUCCUUCUCCCGUUGCGAACUGGGUCCUCACCGUUCUCCCAUCACCACCCGUUUUCCCCUUCCUCUCCUCGCCGCCUCCCCGCCGAUCCUCCGCUAGGAACGCCGGUAAACGCCACCCUCUCCGCCGCAUCUAGGGCGCUGCUGGACGGCGGAGGCGAUCGCAGGCGCCUGCGGUGGCAGCGGCGGUCGCCGUUUUCCACUUCCCCUUCCCGGCCUUGGCAUCCGCGUUUUUCUAAUCGACUUCUCUGCUCCCGCGCUCCACCCUUCGAUUCCGCGAGGCCGACUUUCUUCUUUGCGUUCGGAGGAACGGCAGAAAACUACACCCUCUCCGCCGCAUCCAGGGCGCUGCUGGCGGCGGAGGCGAUCGCAGGCGGCUGCGGUCGCAGCGGCGGUCGCCGUUCCCCACUUUGUCUCCCGGCCUUGGCAUUCGCGUUUUCUAAUCGACUUCUCUGCUCCCGCGCUCCAACGUUCGCUUCCGCGAGGCCGACUUUCUUCUUUGCGUUCGGAGGAACUGAAAUACUAUAAUUCUUGGAUGCGAGCGUCGUUUACCGGCCUAGAAAAAUGAAGUUAAAACACCCAAAAAAGAGGCUGGCUUUGACAUAAUUGGGUUGCUUUUGAAGCAUGGAUAAUACAGAGCAGGCUGGCGAUGCUGGAGAAGCAAAAGACACUGAAAAUGAGCAUCGCAGAGACGUUGGUGGAAAGGUUGAUGAUCAGAAUCAAGUGGAAAAUGCUGAUGCCCCACAUGAUGGGAAUGGAAAGGAAAAGGAGCAGUCGCCAAAUGACAUUCCGAAAGAGGAUUUCGAGCCAAAAGUUGGAAUGUUGUUCGACAGUGAUGAGCAAGCGUAUCAGUUCUACAAUGAAUAUGCAAGGAGAAUUGGCUUCAGUAUAAGAAAGCAGAAUAUGACUCGAAGCAAAUCCGGGGAGAUUAAAUUAAGAAGAUUUGUUUGUUACAAGGAAGGUUAUUAUAAAGGUAGUCCAUUUGAUAAGGAUGCAAAGUUUUUACGGACAGAUGUGAGAACUGGUUGCAAUGCUCACAUAGGCAUUAAACGCUUAAAAAAUGGUAAAUUUUGUGUGCAUCGAUUCCAGCCAGAGCACAAUCAUAAACUUGCAUCAUCAAAGAAGGUGCAUUUAUUAAGAUCACAAAGGGAGUGGAACGACUCCCAAAGAUCACGAGCACAUGCAACGACAGCAGGGGUAAAUUCUAAAUCAACAUCCGACUUACUUUUCAAUACUAGUGAAGGCCAUAAGAUGCUUCCUUGUACUCCCAGUGGUUUCCAAAAUUAUUUGCAUGGGCUUCGUCAACAUGAAAUGAAGUUGGGUGAUGCUGGAGCAAUAACACACUACUUACAAAAGAAGGCUGCCGAGGAUCAACAGUUUUACUCCGCCAUACAACUUGAUAUGAAAGAUCAAAUAACAAAUGUAUUCUGGACAGAUGCUAGAUCGAAGAUCGACUAUGAACACUUUGGUGAUGUAGUAUGUUUUGACACAUCCUAUAAGAUAAAUGAUUAUGGUAGACCAUUUGCACAGUUCACAGGGGUGAACAAUCAUAAGCAAAUUGUCAUUUUUGGUGCAGCAUUAUUGUAUGAUGAUACUAUGGAAACUUUCAGAUGGUUAUUCACAGCUUUUCAAGAGGCAAUGAAUGGACAAGCUCCACGGGUAAUCUUAACAGAUGAAGAUGCAGCAUUCAUAAAAGCCAUACAAGAAGUCUGGCCAAACACAACAUAUCGUCUGUGUGUGUGGCUUGUGUACCAAAAUGCAGUUAAGAAUCUAAAUCAUAUUUUCCAAUCCUCCCCAAGUUUUGAAACUGACUUCAGCAGAUGUGUUUAUGACUGUGAGUAUGAAGAUGAGUUCAUAUCAGCAUGGCAAAAAAUGUUAGAAGAAUACAAUCUCACAGAAAAUGCAUGGUUGUCCAAAAUGUAUGAAGACAGGAAAAAAUGGGCAGUGGUGUAUGGAAGGGAAAUAUUUUGUGCUGACAUGAAAAGUACCCAGAGAACUGAACACAUAAAUGGUGUCAUAAAAACAUGCUUAAAUCCUGACAAGGACCUUCUCUCUUUUUUCAAGCGCUAUGAGAGGCUAGUUGAGGAUCGGCAUUACAAUGAGUUAGAAGCUGACUUUCAUGCUAUUCAGUCAACCCCUGAGGUGCCUCUUUCACGGUUGUUGAAGCAAGCAGCAUCCAUUUAUACACCUAAGAUCUAUGAGAUGUUUAUGAAGGAGUUCCAGCUGUAUGUGGAUUGUGUCAUAAAAAAUUGUGGAGAUGAAGGGACAGCUUCUGUAUAUGAGGUUACCAAUGUGGAGAAACAAAGGACAACCUAUGUUAGGUAUGACCUAUCAAAUGACACAGUUUCGUGUAGUUGCAAGAAGUUUGAAUUUGUUGGUAUACUCUGUUCACAUGCACUGAAAGUUCUUGACCAUAAGAAUAUCAAGGAAAUUCCAGAAAAGUACAUCCUGAAGAGGUGGAGGAAGGAUGUGAAGGUUGGGUUAUCAAUAAACUAUUAUGAUGGUUCAUCUGAAAUUGAUCCUACAGUUGCUAUUGCUAGCCGAUAUACCUCUCUAGGACAUGUUUAUGGGCAGAUUAUGGCAAAGGGCUCAAAGUGCCAAGAAGCAUAUGCUGUUGCCAUAGAGGAAGCUGAAAAACUUAUGAAAAAAUUGGAUCUUGCUUUGCAGAAUAGAGCUCAUGAUACGCUAUCAUCAGAGUCAUCUGAUGAUCAAGUUGAGAAUAUCAUUGUGGGAAACAAAGAAAUUAGAACGUUUGUGAAUCAGAAGGCAACUAGCUUUAAGAAGGAUAAAGAACGCCGUCGUUGUAGGGUUAGAAGUGCACUAGACAGGAGUACAGAGAAGAAAGCAAGAAAAGGUCUGUCUACUGAUGCAGCAGUUGCAUCUGGAACUGGUGCACCGAUAACAAUUGACUCCCAGUUGGCAGCCUCUAGCAAUCAGUAUCAACAAUGGCCUCCUGCUAGAUACUUAUCACUGCAAUUUCCUACAAUGGGUGGUCAGGAACCAUUGGUUUCGAGUUCACCACAACCACCAUUUUGCAUUACUAAUCAAGCAUAUCAGAACGAGUCUGCUUGUAUUAUGUACUCCCAAUCACAGGUCCUUCAGAGCAAUGAAAACAGUGAGAAAUAUGCAUGCCUAUAAUUAGGAGUUAUAUAUUGGUGGGCAUAUAUCAGGCAGCUAAGGAUUACUGAAAGCAAAGAAUCUCUACAUAAAAAACAAAGCGAAGAAUCUCCGAAACAUGGAUUGAUGUUAUGUAUGGGAGAAUGACUCACCUGCAGAUAUGAUACUGUUCUGUAAAUUACUUAACUCAAUUGUCCAGAAACAUUUCUCUGUUUUUGAUAAAUAAAACUUUUGACUCUCUUCUAUUUCU